GAAUGAUUUCUCAAUGGUCAAAAAGCUGACAAUUUUUAUAUCAAGUCGAUUUUGAUACUGUUCAACUCAUAUGUGGUUUAUUCUUGAUUAUAAACACAUGAAGACUCAAUACAAAAAACAUGGUAAGAGUUCUGAUAUAGGAUUUGCAAGCAACCACUGACAUGAUUAAAAAAUGCAGUCGUAUAUAUGCAAAAUGGCAGUGAUAGCGGUAGACACAUGAAUUGAAACAAUUUAAAAUAAAAACUGCCAGGAAAAUUAAUGAAAAAUUCCACAAAGUAAUAUUUUUGAUUGAAAAAAGUAAUGUCGCAGAAUAAUAUUGCUUUUACUGCGAAAUCGUGAUGCGCUAACUGUGAAACGAUGUUGUUACUUUUGAGCAAAAAGUGGAAACAACAAUUUCUUCCAAGCUUUGCGACCCCCUUAACCCCCCGCUGGAUGCGCCCCUGUGCACAGCAUACAGUCGGCAGCCCGCAUCCUUAUCAUGCAGCCUGUAAAGUGAUUUAAAAAUUCUACAUAUGCGAUUGGUGCGUUUAGAACAAUUUCCAGUUAAUAGACUCAUGGUUUCAUUCAAGUUACUUGCACAAUCUCAAUAUUGCGUUAACGAUUGUUGUGAUCUAGACCUAACAGUUGAAAUAACUAUUUCGAAUAAUAAUCAAUUCAAUUCACUCCUGUUCAAUUAUUGUAAUUGUGGCAAUAUUUUCUUUAUGAUAUCACACAACACUGGCAUAUGAUAUCUAACUUGUUCAAAUAUUUCUUAUCACAUUCCAAAAUAUUGUUAAUCAUUGACAAGUUCCUAAGACUGUAAUUACUUUUGAUUUGAGAUUUUAGCAGGACCAUGCCAGUACAGCAUAUUAUAGCAUGAAUGAACAAUGAAAUUGUUUUAAGGAACGUUAAGACAAAAAGGAGCUCGCACGAAAUGGUCUGAAAACACUUGUGUGGAUGAAGAAAUGGCAAAAAGUUCAGUCAGCAUAGUGUUUUUAAUUCUUAUUUCACCAUCUUUAUUGAAUUUAAAGGCUAUUCAAUGCAAGUCAUCACAAUAUGGUGUCGAAGAAUUUAUUGGAUUAACUGACGGAAGAUGUCUGAGUUGCGAAGAAAAUGCAACAACUAGCAAUCCUCCAAGACCAAGAAAAAAGGAUGUAACAGCUAUACCUCCACAAGAUACAUAUUUAUCUUGGUAUCUAACAGAAGGAAAAAACAAAAGAAUUGCAUUAAACAUUACAUGGAGUAUAAGAGAGUCACACAUUCCUGAUCAAGAACACCGGCAUCACUUAAAAGGAUUUUACAUCACUGUUACACACUCUUCCGAAUAUUUUGCGUUAUAUACAUUCAAAGUUAAAAUUUACAAGAACAAAUGUAAACGUAUACAGAUUGGACGAACCAACUUAAAAGAUUUACAGGACAUUGUUUUCAGCUAUGAGCACUACGGUGCUACUAUAUCUCAAGUAAUUCGACCAAACGAUAUCAUACAAGUUACAUACGAUUCAAUUCCAUUGGCAAAACAGAAUGAUACAAUGAAAACAAAACCGGAGGAAAUCCAAAUUCCAGAUUGUCGUUCUGAAGAAUCUCUGGAAUUUUUGGAAAUAAAUUCAAAAGAUAUUAUAUCAAGUGAAUGUAGAGAAGCAAUAAAAGAUAUUAAACAACGAUUGGAUGAUGAAAUUGAACAAGUUAAGAUAGAACAAGAUUGGAUGAACCAAACUACAACAAAUAGCACAUCUUUGCAAAGCAAAGAAAAUUUGUAUCCUUAUUAUAUAAAACUCACACACUCUCUACUUGUAAUAUUUUCAAUAGUUUUUAUAAUAACUGUAAUAACUGUAUGUAUCAAAUCUGAAAAAAAGAAAAGAGCAGAUAGAAUAGAAGAACCUCUUUCUAUAUUGCUGAUAGCAGACAACAGUAAUGACAAAAACAUAAAAUUAUCGUGCAAAUUGAUUGGAAAGCUUCGUAAAAAGUAUGGAUACAAGAUAACUUGUAACUUGGAAGAGAGAGAGAUUAUUUCGAAGGAUGCAACACAGUGGUAUAUUACACAGAUGAAUACAAACGAUGUGAUCAUAUUCACUGCAAUUCAGGACAAGUUUACGUUUAACGAGGUUGUGCAAACCGGGACUAAUGGUCACACUGGCUCAAACCCUCUCACCACUACUAAUGAUUUUUCUGAGGAGUUCCAUAUUGCAAAAAACUAUCUCUUUAAAAACUGGGAACAUGUAAACAAAGACUGCCUCGUUUUAGUCAAAAAAGCAGAAGAUAAAUCAUUCUCAAAAUUCAGAAGAAAACUUAGGUUUUAUGUUUACGCAAAUUUAAAACAGGAUGACUUUUAUAAAAUGUUAUCAGAAUGUCAAAAAAGAAAGCAUAAAAUAAUAUGAAAAAAAUGUUUGGUUCACGCAAUGUAAUUGAAAUAUUAUGUGUAUUGAUUCUGAAUGCAUUUCAAACAUGAAUAAGGAAAGGAAAUGGGGAACGAUAACAAUACAACCGAAAUGAAAGAUGCCAAGAUGUGUGCUGGUGCUAUUGCUAUACCAGGUUGUCCAAAACGAAUCAAAUAUUCGUAUAUCAAAGAAGUAUCAAAGUAUAUUAGUACUGACCAUCCAUGGUGCUAUAAACUGCUACAGGAAGGUAGAAAGAAAAUCUACUUUAAAUAUUUUUAUUUCUGUUUUUUUACUUUGCUUUAACAUGCAAAAUUUUAACUUUUAUCUGUAUAAAUUUACCGAAAAUGCAAUAAUCUGAUGCAACAAAUGAGAAACAAUAAGAGUGCCUGCUGAUAGUUCAAUGGAAUGUAAGCAGGGUUUCCUUAUUAACAUAGUCAGAUUCAGAUAUUUAUUCUCGUCGUGGGUGAUAUGAAAUUUAUGAAAAAAAAAUAAACUACAUGUCACAAAUUACAAAAGGGAUAUCGGCAGUUGACGAGGGGUUGCGAAAGACUCAAUGAGUCAUCUAGUCGGCGAGACCAUAAGCUGGAAAAGAUCAUCUGUGACACAAGAGACAUGUGCUUUUAUGUCAAAUUCAACAUCCCUUUAUCUGUAAGUUGGGUAGUUCCUAAAAGUCAUAUUUUAUAUACAUUUUGAUUACAUAGCUGCGAUAAGUCCUAAUUAUACCAGAGCAAUAAAACGAAUUCAAAUUUUUACAUAAAUAAGUUCAGAAAUUUCUUCUAACUAAAGAAAUCAAUGCAAGCAGUCGGCAAGCAUAAGAGAUCCAAUCAAAUUUAAUAAAGAUUAGGAUAUUUCUGGUGAAACAACUGAAGAAUCGGACAAAAAAGGUCAAUCAUAAUUCAGUAAAAUCUCUUGGCCCAGGCAAGCUUUUAGGCCUAAUAUCAGAAGGACAGAAUCGACAGAACUAAUAAAAAAACUAGUGAUAAGGCCAAGUGUUAUAAACAUAUCAAGGAAUCAUUACUUCUGCUAUAAAUGUGUAACUAAAUUUAGAUCAAACUUAUAAACCAGGAUGCAUAUGUAUUUGUUUUAGUACAAAAUACCAGUUAAUAAUUACCCUUAGUCGACAAUUCAAACAAAAUAAAAUUUAUGGAGCAAAGAGUUCACAAUGUUGAAAAUUGAGAAUGCUGAAACCCAGUAGGUAGUGACUCAAUUUUAUAAAUAUAAUGACUGAACAGACUGUAUUUUACAAUAUGUUUUGUUUUGCCCAUUUCUUGCAUAUAUUAGAAUACAACAUGAUCUCCGGCAUAAAAUAUGUAAUGCAUCAUAUGUAUAAGUACAUUGAGCAUACAGAAUCAAAUCAAUCUAACCUUCAAAACUUAUCCAAACUUCAAUCUUACCUGCACCCUGGCCUCCCUCUCGCUGGGAGACAAUAAUGAAAAUUGGUGCCUUUACCCUUAGCUGGCCUUUCUAAUGUUUGGAGCAAUAAUGAAAAUUAGUGCACAUACCAAUACCCUGGCCUCCCUGACGUUGGGGGUAAUAAUGAAAAUUGGAACAUUUACCAGUACCCUGGCCUUCCUCACGUUGGGGGCAGUAAUGAAAAUUGGAACAUUUAUUUACCAGUACCCUGGCUUUCCCCACGUUGGGGGGUAAUAAAGGUUUUAGAGGACAUUGCAUUUUUAGUUAAGCAUUGCAAUGUGAAUUUCGAGAAUUCUUGCAACUAACCUUUUCACUUAAACUCGA